AUGGGCGGCCUUGUCUCGCCUCCGCGAAAUGGCUCACGCCUUCCACAAUCCAUGACCCAUGAUCCUCGAACCUCUUUGCCUCGCCGCUUCACCACCGAUUCGGGGCGUGUACCAACACUGUCUUCUAUUACUGCUCCUCGUGUUCCUGACCAGACCCAGGAUUAUGCAUCCACAUACCACAAAGUUCAACUGCUAGAGAAAAAGAAGCAGGAAUAUGAAAUGAUCAGAGAGCAAAAACGACGAUUCGAAGUUGAGCUUCAGAAACACGAGCAGGAGCUUGCGCAAAUGCAGGAGGACCUCCGAGGUCCCAUGGCCGGCCAUCAAUCCGAACCUACCACCCCUCCCGAAUACUCGACCUCGAGCUUAACCUCGCCCCCGGGGCUCUUCAACCGCCCCAACAGGUCUGGCUCUCAGUUGGCUUCACCCCAGUCCGGCCUCAUCCAGAACCCUGCUCGGUUCGGAGCGGAGCUGCCGUCGUGGUCCUCUGUUCCUGGCUCUAGGCGCAACAGCGAUGAGGAUGAUAAGGAGGAGGCGGUCCGCCAGGAUCCCACCAGCCACAGGUCGACAAAUGCUCUCAACCGGUACUCAAUGCCUGUCACCAGGACCCGCAACGGUUUGUACGACCUAGGCAAUCUGGAUGGCACAAACACGACUCGUUUUCUGUUUGGCGAUGAUGACCUAGGUGAUUCGAGGCUCACCGCAACAACCACUGCGGAUGAUUUCCCUACCCUUGUGCGAAGGGAUGACCCAUUGGGCCUUUCCGCUAUUGGCUCUGGCCAGCUCAACGGCAAUGCCUCUGCGAAGUCUACCAACUCGCUUCGCCAUUCACUGGACCUGAAGUAUCUGAGCGAGGCUUCGUCUGACGUUGGGAACUCGAUCCAUAACCCAUCUGCGAACCACGUCAUGGCCACCCCUCCCAAGUUGCAGAACUCGUACUCCACGGGAGAUGUGAACUCGGUCAAGGCAGGCUCCCCCGGUCAGAACUUUGGCAACAGCCCCAACAACCAUGCCCAGCAGCAUUUCCACAACCACAAUGCUAGCCUUGGCCGCUUCCUGCUGGUGCCAUUUCCGCGUGAGCGCUCCCACGCACUCGAACUCGAACUCGAUCAACUACCCCUACUAUCCUGGCAACAACUAUGCUCCCCCAACAACAGCGGCCCGCCCACUUCCACCGCCAACGCGGCCUUUGGGGUCCCCCUUCUUGCCAUGGGCUUGCAAAACAUGGGCCUCAACAACUACCCGAACAACAACUACACCGGUGGUUACACUCCGAGCUACCAGGGUUCUUCCCAGCAACAGAGAGACAGCCAAGCUCGUGUGAUACAGCACCGCCGUCAACUGGACAACGAAGGUGUGUGCCCCUCGCAAACAGUAGAAGCGUCUCCGUUUGGGAUACUAACGAGCCCUCUCGAAGCCAUGUCUCGAUACCACAACCUCCCUAUUGAGGCGGUUGUCGGUCAGAUUUACGAGCUUUGCAAGGACCAGCAUGGCUGCCGCUAUCUCCAGAAGAAGCUGGAGGAGCAGAACCCCAGCCAGACGCACAUGGUCUGGCUGGAGACCAACCAGCACGUCGUGGAGCUUAUGACGGAUCCCUUUGGCAACUACCUUUGCCAAAAGCUCCUCGAGUUCUGCAACAAUGACGAGCGGACUGUUCUCAUCCAAAACGCAUCGGUCGACAUGGUUAGAAUAGCGCUCAACCAACACGGCACCCGUGCUCUCCAGAAGAUGAUUGAGUUCGUCUCGACCCCUGACCAGGUCAAGAUCAUUGUGGAAGCUCUCCGAAACCGCGUUGUGGAACUCAUCCAGGACUUGAACGGAAAUCACGUCAUCCAGAAGUGCCUUAACAAGCUCUCUGCUGCUGAUGCUCAGUUCAUCUUUGAUGCCGUUGGCAUGCACUGCGUCGAAGUUGGCACGCACCGCCACGGCUGCUGUGUUCUUCAGCGCUGCAUCGACCACGCGAACACGGACCAAAAGGCGUGGCUCAUUACCCGUAUCACGGAGCACGCACACGUGCUUGUCCAAGACCCCUACGGCAACUACGUGAUCCAGUACAUCAUCGACCUCAACGAGCCAGCUUUUACCGAGCCCGUUGUCAACCAGUUCCGCACCCACGUGUCGCAGCUGUCUCGUCACAAGUUCAGCUCCAACGUGAUUGAAAAAUGCCUCCGUUGCGCCCAGGAUCCCUCCAAGGACAUGAUUGUGGAUGAGAUCCUGGCCCCCGGCGAGAUUGAGAAGCUGAUCCGCGACAACUAUGCCAAUUAUGUGAUUCAAACUGCGCUGGAGUACGCCACUCCCUACAAGAAGGCUGCGCUCGUCGAUUCCAUUCGGCCUGUCCUUCCCAGCGUCCGGUCCACUCCCUACGGCAGACGAAUCCAGGCCAAGAUCCACAACUACGAUGGCCGCACCUCUGGACAGGCGACGCCGGCGGACGCUGGCAACGGCCAAAUUCCUCUCCGACCAUCCCACAACCGCGGCAUGUCGAGCGGUAACGUGUCCCUCGCCUCGGUCGGUAACGUCGGCUUCUCGAGCGUCGGAAACGGUCUCGCGGGCAACCUGGGCGGAAAUGGCGGCAACAUGCCCGCUCCCGUUUCUCGCAACAAUAGCAGCCAGAAUGGAUGUCGGUUGGCCAGUACGGCUAUCCCCAGCCUUCCCGGGGCAACGGUAACACAGCGGGUGGACCUCCCCGCUGGCGCCGCUCCCGCUGCUGACAAUGGCGAGUCUCAGUGGCUGUAA